AUGGCCGAGAAGUUCUGUGGUGCUCCAGGACCUUCGUGGAGACCUGCUGAAGCACUUGCAGAAAGACCUGUUGAAGCACCGGAGGAAGCACUAGAUGAAGAAUGUACUGAAAUGUAUUUUCAAUAUCUUCCUACUGAAAUAGUGGAACACAUACUAAAAUUCCUGCAGCCGAAGAAACUUGUUCAGUGCCGUUUAGUAUGUACUAGAUGGAUGGAUAUAGCGAAUUAUAUCAUGAGAAAUCAAACUUAUUGGUUGAAACAUUGCAAACGUGAAUUCAAAAAUAUAUAUGAAACAGCUCAAGAGAAGACAUACCCUGUUCUCGAGUGGAGUGAUUUAUAUCGCUCAUUAAGUACAUGGAAUUUACUACAAGGAGCUUCUGAUACAAUCACUGAAUUUUCACACUCAUCAUAUAGAGCUCAAGAUUUGAGACAUUUCAAAAUAUUACCUAAUGGCAUUAUAGCAGUGCAUAGAAUAGGCUCGGUAAUUUUCUAUGACAUAAACACCUUAAGAGAAUCCACUACAAGAAGGUGCAUUGUUGGGAGAUUUCAACGAUAUUCAGAAAAUGAUAAAUGUAUAAUAACACUUGGUCUAGAAAUGCAAUUGCAUAUUAUAAAAAAAGUAGAUGAGGAAAAUCUAGAACCUAAUUCAUAUUCUUAUGAAAAUGUGAAAUUGUUUGUUUUGACAAAAAAUACUCUUUAUUUUGUUAAUUUUCUAAAUGAUAUUUUUUUUUGUGAUCUAUGUUCUGAAAACAUUAUUGCCAAUAAUCUGACUCACAUGGAUGAUGAAGUCAUGCACAUGAGUUUUUGUGAUGGCACUCUUAACAUCCUCACACACCAACGCAGAAUAUAUUCAUUGGUUAAAGAUAGAAUUAUAUUAAAAGUAAUUCUUUACAGAAAUAAUAACAUGUUACACGAUUUAAACAGAUACAACUUCCUUAAAUAUAUGGACUGGCAGGUCUUCUACAAUUGGAUAGUCGGAAUGCAAGCCAUUUUUCCAAAUGCACCACUCAGAGAUGUAGUUCUUAUGAAAUCAUAUGGGAAAGCAUACUUUGUGGGAUUCUACGAUGGAAUCCUACACAUCUAUUAUUCAAUACUGCACCUUAAUGAGUUUAACAUAUUUAAGCGUAGACCUGUGAAACAGUACAACUUUGGAGAAUAUAGUGGAAAUCCUCCUGAAACAAUAAAUCGUAUAUUAAAUGUCGAUGUUGUAGAGAAAGCAUUUGGCCAUAUAGUUUUUGUGGCUUUGCCCAAAAAUAUGGUCUGUAUAAAGUUAACGCAUAACUUUGAGACUGAAUUGUCACAAGUAGUUACUGACAAUGACUGA